CCAGCUUUCCGCCCGCCGUGCGCCGAGCUCGUCGACCGCGUAGGGGUCACGCAGGGUCACGCACGGCGCCGCAGAGCCUGCCGGGAGCCUGGCGCACAAUGGCGACUCCCAGCCUGCGGGGUCGCCUAGCCCGGCUGGGAAACCCGCGGAAGCCCGUCCUGAAGCCCAGCAAGCCCCUCAUCCUAGCUAACCGUAUCGGGGAGCGGCGCCGGAACAGGGGCGAGGCGACCUGUAUCACAGAGAUGUCGGUGAUGAUGGCUUGCUGGAAGCAGAAUGAGUUCCGCGACGAAGCGUGCAGGAAAGAGAUCCAGGACUUCUUCGAUUGUGCUUCGAAGGCCGAGGCAGCCCGAAAGAUGAGAUCAGUCCAGGGAGAGUAUGGGAAUUUACCCCCCCAGAAAGUGAAUAUGUUGUUACAGAGGUUUCCUAACAAAUCACAUCUCAGCUGAAAAUGGAGAAGCAUUUUCAAUGACUGGACUGUAGCUUCUGAGAAUAUACAGAGGCGUUUUAGAGACAUCUGCACUGCCAUGCUCUAUUUGAAGGGUAAAAGGUGGCGAAACACUUUUUUCACCCUUUGGAAUUAAUGUCUGGGUGGAAGUUAUGCUUUAUCUUGAAAUAAACUCCUCUGAAGAGAA